AUGUUUCUCAUUGCUUUGCCGUUCUCCUCCGAGAUCAUGUCUUAUAAAGUGCCCGGCGACUUCAAAUUCCUAGAACAAGCCACCUUUGACGGGUCCGGAGACCCACGCGAGCAUCUGCUCAGUUAUCAGGCCAAGAUGCAAGUCUUAGGAGUCCGAGACCCGUUAAUGUGUCGCGCCUUCUUACCCACGCUAAAAGGCUCGGCACAAGGGUGGUUAGUGGCGCUGCCUCCGGGAUCGAUUCACAAUUUCGAGGAGCUGGCUGAUCGCUUCAUGAGCCAUUAUGCGGCCAACAUCAAACCACAGAAGGAUUUGACUCAUCUGGGAGACGUCCACCAAGAGGAAGGUGAGGCCCUGAAAACCUACUUGGUUCGAUGGCAAAAAGAGAUCCAGUCUAUCGAGGAAGUCGAAGACCAGACUGCACUCACUUUCUUCAUCAAGUCCUUGCGAUCCGGGCAAUUAUACCGGGAUCUGCGAGAUAAUCGCCCGUCCACUUACGCGGAAGCCAUACACAUGGCUAAUAAGAGGGCUAACACGGAGCAGGCUAUGAAGCAUAAACGACAGCGUGAAGUCGGAGGAUCCGCCGGUGGAAAGAGGACCCGUGCGGAGGCCAAGGAAAGGCGCCCGGCGACCCGAAGUUCGGCGUCCCUAUGA